UCAAUACACUGUGUUCGAGCCGAGCCGCGAAAUUCUAAAAAUAAGUAUAUGAUAUGACGUCAUCAGCACGUGUGGCGGAAGAAUACCCGCGCGUGUUGGAAGGUCCUGCUGCACUUUGACCGAUCGUUGAGCAAGAAGCGGAGCGCGCGAGCUUUGCUUCGACCCUGUGCUGGAGCGUUGAGCGCAGAAUGCGUCUCAGGUCAUGAUGAUGACGUCGAACGUGCGCACGUGCAAGUUGUUUAUUGGGAAGUUGCCAUUUCUUUGGCAGACUGUUAGCUGGGCGAUUUUCGGUUAAAGCUUGGAUGAUGCGAUAAAAUGAAAUAGAAGAUUUCCUUAAUAUUUCAAACUGAAAUUAAUUAUGAUUAAAAUAAUUGAUUAUAAAACCAAGUGAAAUGAGUGAAAAAUUUGACAGUGAAAGCAGUAUGCUUAAGGAAAAUACUGCAAUAACAGCAGUAAUACAAGAAAACAUUAAUCAAACAAAUGGUGACAAUAAAAAAUUAAUUAGCAAUGAACAAACUGAAGAAAAAAAUAUACAGGAUGAUUUAAAUACUAUAAAAGAAUCAUAUAAUUUAAACAAAUCUAAUCAAGCUGUUCAUGAAGAAAGCAUACCUAAAGAUGAAAAACUUCAUGAUAAAUGUCAUGUUUUUACAACAAAAAUAGAUAAUGAUUUAAAAUGUUCUCUAUGUUUAAAAUCUUUUAAAAAUAAGAGAAAAUUAAAAACACAUCUCUAUCUUUGCCAUUGUGUGAUUGAAAACAUUGUUUCAUUGCAAGACAAUUUAUUUCCAACUCAGGAACCAGUGCACUCAACCAGUGAAUCAGAUAGUGAAAUUUAUGAUUUUAUUUCCAAUGGAAACAUUAAUAAUUCUGUUUGUGUUGCUGAGAUAUCAGAUAAACAAAGUGAUUCCAUGAAUAUAAUAAAAAAUAACAAUUUUAAUUGGAAAAAUAAAAGAAUAAAUAAUUUUUUUGCUGAUGCUCUUCGUGAAUUAGAAGUUGCCAAUACACUUAUUGAUCUUCAAGUUCUAAAUUCACAUAAACAAGUAAUGGAAAAUGGAAUUGAUGAAAACAAAAAUAAGAAUCUUCUUCAACUUUUAAAUUUAUCUGAUACAAAUUGUUUGAACAAAAAAACAAAUUUUCAUAAUGGAAGUAUAUUACAAAAAGUAAUUGCAAAUAAAAAUACUCUGACAAGUAAUUCUGAAGAAAAUUCAAUGUCAAAAAAUGAAGCUAAAAAAUUUGUAAAUAUGGUUGAGACAAAAUCUGAGAGUGAAAUAAAUAAUUUUGAAGUUUCUGAUUUUAAUAAAUGUAAUGAAAUAGAUAUGAAUAUUACUGAUAAAGAUGAAAUUAAUUCAUCAAAUUCUGAAAAUUUAGAAAAUAAAGGUGACACAAUAAUAGAAAAUAAAGAAUGCGAAACAAUUUCAAAAAGUAACUUGAUAUCUAAUUGUCUUAAUCCAACAUUAAACUCUUUACCUCUGUUUCCUUAUAUAAAUUUUCCACUGAUAAAUUCAUUAUCUAAUGGAAAUUUUCCAUUACAGGAAUUAUCUCAUUUGAAAAAUAACAUUAGAAUUGAUGAUGAAACAGUUUUAGUUACUAAAUUGGAAGGAAUUCAUCCUACUACUAAACAGUCUUAUGUUUUAUAUAAAUGCUGUCUGUGUGGAAAUGUAUUUUCUGCACUAGAUACUCUUCAUAAUCAUGUAGGAGGUCAUGGCAAUAAUAAAGAAAAAAAUUGUGGAAAAUGUGGUGCAAUUUUUAAAUGUGAUGGACAGCUUGAGAUACAUAAUCAAUUACACCAAGCUAUUGAAACAAAUUCUUUGUUAUCUUUAACACCAGGAUUGUUUCUAACACCAUUUGGAACACUGUGUUCUCAAGUAGAUAAUCAGAUUAAUCAAGAAACACCAUCAGUCUCCGGUUUUAAUAAACUAGAUCCCUAUUGGUCAAUGAUACAACAAAUUUAUGCAGGAUAUUCAGGAAAUAUCUAUCCUUUCCUAACUGUUGGAAAUUUGCCAUUUUUUGGAAAUUCUCAACAUUCUUUAAUAAAUGAAAUAAUUAAUAAUAAUACAUCAGCUAAAUCACCAGUGGAAAACUUAAAUAAAGUUCCAAUAAAUAAACCUGUGUAUAAAUGUAGCUUUUGUCCUAAAAUAUUUGAUCGUGUAUUUUCACUGCAAAGACAUGAACGAGUACAUACUGGCAUAAAACCAUGUUCCUGUAAAAUUUGUGGAAGGGGAUUUAGUGAGAAAAGAAAUUUACGACAUCAUGUCAUUCGUUUUCAUUCAGAUAGUAAUCGAAAAGAAUUAUUAUGGCGUGCUCAUAGACAGAAAAGUCGAUUGAAAAGUGCCCAUGGACCAAAAAAGUUAGUCUCCUUUUUGAAAAGAGCUGCUACAUGUAUUUUAAAUUCUAUGGGACAGAACAAACUAGAUUGUAAUGAAGAUUCUUCACCUGACAGUGCAUCUGAGUUAAAAGCUUCAGAAACAUUACAAUCAUCAUUUUCUACAGUAUUUGAUGAACAUAAAAAUUCUGAAACCAGUAUUAAAUUAAGCAAGGAUAAACAAAAUGAUACAUUUGAGGAGAAUAGACAAUUUAAAAUUAAUAUGCUUUCUCAAAAUAAUAAUUUGACAUCUAAUUUAUUUAAUAAAUCAAACUAUCAAGAAAUUACUCAAGAUGGAAACUUAGAAAAAUUAUUUAUGGAGAGAACUAAUAAAGAAGAUACUAAUAUUUCUGAUAAAUUUAAAAGUGAACAAAUGGAUAUUCAAAAUACUAAAGAAGAAUGUGUAGCUACUUUUAAUCCUAGAUCUGAUACUGUUAAUUCAACAUCAAAUAAAAACCAUAUGAUAAUGGCAUCAACUCAAGGAAAUUAUUCUUACAUCUGUAAUUAUUGUUCCAAGACAUUCUGCUCAACUUCAGAUCUAAAAAGGCACAUGGAUUUUCAUAAAAAUAUUCGUCCUUACAAAUGUCCUUCAUGUGAAUAUCGCAGCCGCACUAAUAGUCAAUUAAAGGUUCACAUGAUGAGGCAUCAAGGAAUUCGACAAUAUCUGUGUCAUCCUUGUAAUUAUGGAGGUGUGACGCAAUCAGAUUUGAACAGACACUUAAAAACCAGAACCCACAUUCUGCGUACUCGUACAAUUUGCUCAUCCUAAAGGUGGUGCUUGAUAUAAAGUUCUUAUUUUCUUUUAUAUUUUUGUUUACAGGAUAACAAAACAUUUUGUAAGUUUGGGAGUGCCUUAGCUGGAUAGAAUACUUCUUUUCUAUUCAAAUGAUUAAAUUUUAUAGAAAAUAUAUAAGAAAGUAAACUUCAGUAAAAUAAAAGUAUUAUAUAGUUUAUUUUGGACUUUAUUACAGGUUAAACAUUUUCUGAAUUUAUAUACAUAUAUAACAUGAGUUCAACUCAACAUGAAAUUCUUUAGAAACAUUUAUUCAUUAUUGUUUUUAUAGUAAAUUAAUAAAUCCUUAGUCCAUUGAAGCACAAUAAAAAUGCUAGAAAUAGCAUUUUUUUUCCCAAAUAAUCAGGGAUUUUAAAUUGUUUCAUGAAAAAAUUUUUAGUAAUUCUUUAAUGAAAAAUGACAAUGAUAUAUAAGACUAUGUCAGAUAUUAUUUACAAAUUAUCACAUUGUUGAAAAU